UAUGAGUAUUGUUUUCUUCAUAUUGUAAAGUUUAAAAAAUACGACCAAUAUUUGAGAGCAAGUUUGAAGCAGCUAUGAAUUGUUGAUUAACUGAAUUAAUUUGUUGUUUUAUAACUAAUUUGUGGCGAUUGCUAUAACUGGUUAAAUAUUAUUUCGUAGGGGGAUCUCAUAUCGAAAUAAGAGUUUUUGAUUAAAAUGCCUUUAUCAUGCGCCCAACAAAGAGCGCGCAGAAAAGGAAGGUCCAGUUUAGCAAACAGUGAAAAUUGUCCUGACUGUGGUAGACCCAUGCAUGUUUGCCUCUUGGACGGGGGAUAUGUCACUGAGGGGGUGGGGUCGUUAUUUUCGACCCCAAAAUUUGGAGAAAUUGAGUUAUUGAUCCAAGAGGAACCGACAAAAGAAGAACAAGUGAUUCACGAAGAGAUCAAAGCAACGAUGCCGGUGUAUCAGAGUGCGGCUGUGGACGCCUUACGAUCUUUUUCCAGAGAAAAGGGCGGAGAGUUUAUUCUGACUGAGAAAGAAAGAGGCCGACAGAGCAAUUUACAGGACUUAGUAAUUGCUUUUGCCCAGGAAUGGCCAGUUGGUUCAAUAGAAUCAGAAAAACGGAAGUUAUGCGUCAUCUCGCUAACUGCAGACGACUUUGACUCAAGAGGAGACAUUAAAUUCAAGCACAAAUCCGGUCAGCAGCUAUGGCGUGGAGGCAUGCACUAUUUUCAACCGAAUUCUGGCUGGAUUCGGGUUGGAUUGAAAUGUAUGGACAGGUAUGAUGGGAACAACGACUGGCUUGCAAUGAAUGGGAACCCAAACGAAUGGGCUGUUGGAUUCCACGGAAGUGACCAAAAAGGAACCGAGUUAAUAGCACAAACCAGAAUCUUCAAAGAAGGCAAAAGGCAGCACUACCAAUACUCAGAGGAUAUCAAUGAGAAAAGCAACAAUAGAGGCAAAUUGUGUGGAAAAGGAAUUUAUUUCGGGUCUCAAAUUGAAAUCGCAGAGAGAUUUUCAAACUUCAAAUCGGACAAUAAAACCUGCGUUCUCCAAGUACGAAUGAAGCCAGAUGAGCUAAGGAUACCGAAGGACAAAACAGACUACAGAAUUGUACAGGAUGCCCAGUUUGUGAGACCAUACGGAUUGUGUCUCAAGUAUGCGCCUGCUGUUGAGCCAUGCUGUGCCAAAAAGUGUAACCAAACUCAAACUGAAUAAAUCAGUAAUUAGUUUUUAGCAGCUUCAGAACUGCGUUAUUAAGAUUAAUUUUAAAUUGGAUUUAUCAGAAUGUUUAUCAAAAAGUGGU